AGCUUUAUCUCCGGCUGCGCGUCCCUCAAUCUGGAUCGGCAUAAAUGAAUGAAAUACAAGGGAAUAUCGAAAAGCAAUCACACAGGGAAACUCUAUGUGAAACCAGUCGACCAGAAGGAAUUUAUGUCGGGCUUGACAGGCAAUUCAACAUGAGUUUUUUCCUCUGGAACUUCAUCUCAAGAUUGUUCAAUGCGUAAAACGGCGACCGGUGUCUUCUGUCCCCCUUGCAAAGGAGUCACGCUGUGAUUAACGGAUCAGGUUUUUGACUGCCAGGACAAAUGAAUACAAAUGAAUUUAGGCACCCGAAGGAGAGAUUGCAGAACCUCUCAUCUAGACACAAAGAGAGCCCUAUUGCUCUGUACAGUUUUAUAUUGUACUUGUUACCUGGGACUUACACAAGUACAUUCUGAAGAUGUGGACAUCCUCCAGAAGUUGGGGCUCAAGGGAGAGAAGCCAUCACGCUCUGUGCCAGCAGGGGUUAUUCCAUUUAAAUCGGGGAUCAUCCUCAACCAACGGGCGCACAUUGAGUCUCCACUACGUUCAAUCCUUCCAGUGGCCGUCUGGCCCAAGUUGGCGCUGGUUCUGAGUGUACGCUCACACCGUGUCAACAGUGCUUUUGUCUUCACCCUGCUCUCAGACCACAAGAAGCUCCUUCUUGGUCUGCAGCUUAAACCAGGCAGUCUUGUCUUACACACAGGACCAAACACCUCAGUGGCACUGCCCUAUGAGCCCCAUGAUGGCCAGUGGCACCAGCUGGCAGUGGGAAUUAAUAGACAGAGAGUGACUCUAUAUGCCUCCUGCGGAGAGCAGAGUGUUCAGGCAGAAUUUGGAUGGGACAAUGAGGAGGGAUUGGGAACAGAGCUCCAGGGCACCUUCCUACUGGGGCGAACAAGCCAUCAGCAGGUGUCGGCACACUUUGAAGGAGCCAUAUGCCAGUUUGACCUGGUCCCUUCUGCGCAGGCAGCUCACAACUACUGCAGGUACAUUAAGAAACAGUGCAGGGAAGCUGACACAUUUAGGCCUAACCUUUCCCCUUUAUUGCCUAUUUUACCACGUGGAACAAACAUCUCACCUACUGCUGCUGUCCCCAAGCGCAGUGGGCCAGAAACUGCCAGAAAGCCCACAGGCUCCAGCCUUGCCAAGAGCGUUGCUGCUGCUGCCUCAGCUGUCAGAUAUGUGGCAUCCUCUCAAACAACAAAGCCAAAUCAUGGGACCAUCCCCACUCCCCUGCCAGUAACUGUGGUACCAGGCACAGCCCAAUUUGGUUUGGUUGCCCCGUCUCCAAAGCCCAGGACCGAGACUGUAACAGUACCACUCAGGACAACAGCACCACCGACAAAAUCACCAACCUCAAGACCCUCUACUUCUAAAGCUUCAACUCAGAAACCCUCCAAGCCCACAACCCCAAAGCCCACUCAUCAAAACACCCCAAAAAAGGCGAUUGCAGGAACAGACAACAAAAAGAAAUCAACUACUCCAGCCACUACCACAAACAAACCCCCCAAGGCGAAGCCUGACUUUGACUUGCUAGACCAAGCUGCAGUCCCAAAGAAACCACAGCCCACGACAGCCAAGAAAACAUCUCCUCAGCCUAAAGUUACUUCCUCCAAAGCCACUCAGUCCAAACCUAAAUCAAAUUCUGUCAAAGUUGUCCCUUCUAAACCAACAUUAUCCAAAGUUAGCCCCUCAAAAUCAACAAUAUCAAAAACUACAACUGUUAAAACCUCAAAGCCAGUCUCCAAGCCAACAAAGCCAACCAAAACUAUCAAAGUUCCAGUUACUCCGCAACCUACCAAGCCUUUAUAUCACACAGUGACACCACCUGCCACUGAUGGCUUCCUGAGCUGGGAAGUACCACCCACGCAGUUUUCGAUGCUGGAAGGACCUAUGGGCCAGAAAGGAGAAGCAGGCCUGCCGGGACUGCCAGGACCUCCAGGGAAGCCAGGCAUACCAGGCAAAAGGGGUCCCCGGGGUGCCCCUGGUCCCCAUGGGAACCCUGGGCGACCUGGUCCACCCGGACUCAAGGGAAAAAAAGGAGAUCCUGGCAUGUCACCAGGGCCAGCACCUAAAGGGGAGAAGGGAGACUCAGGGAUUAUUGGUCUAGUUGGACUACCUGGCCAAGAAGGUCGAAAGGGACAGAAAGGUUACCCUGGUCCACCUGGACUCCCUGGGGAGCCUGGGGAACAAGGUCCAGUCGGAAGCCCAGGUGCCAAAGGUUAUCCUGGCAGGCAGGGUUUACCAGGGCCUAUAGGGCCAAUGGGGCCUAAAGGCAUUCGGGGUUUCAUUGGAAUUCCAGGCCUUUUUGGCCUGCCUGGGCCUGAUGGCGAAAGAGGCAUUCCCGGUGAACCAGGGAAGAGGGGCAAGAUGGGUAGGCCGGGGUUUCCAGGGGACUUUGGGGAAAGAGGACCACCUGGACCAGAUGGAGAACCAGGUGACAUGGGAGCCCCUGGUCCAAACGGUGUUCCUGGGCUUAUUGGUGAUAUGGGACCUAUGGGAGAAAUGGGCCUUCCAGGACCUGCUGGGCUGAAGGGGGUUCCCGGAAAUCCAGGAGAACCAGGACUGAAAGGUGAUAAGGGGGAAGUGGGGAUUCCUGGAGAACAAGGGGAGAUUGGAUACAAUGGAGACAAGGGCGUUCAGGGGGUUCCAGGGUUACCUGGCAUUCGUGGGAAACCAGGACCACAGGGAAAGCCAGGAGAGAAAGGCCCUGAUGGUGCACCUGGACCACCAGGCCCUGAGGGUUUCCCUGGUGACAUGGGACCACCAGGAGAGAAUGGCCUUGAAGGACCAAAGGGAAAACUAGGGGCCAGGGGUUUACCAGGGCCACGUGGGAUGCCUGGCUUGGAGGGUGAUGAGGGUCCACUUGGGCCACCAGGACCAUCAGGACUGGAGGGUAGAAUGGGAAGAAAAGGAUUUCCUGGGAAGGUUGGGCCAGAGGGAGUGAAGGGUGAGCCCGGCAUCACAGGAAAAGUUGGGCCCAUGGGAGAAAGAGGCUUGGAGGGUUUCUUAGGACCUAUGGGAGAGGCAGGACUGGCAGGAGAGAAGGGGGAUCGAGGGCAGAUGGGACUUCCUGGACCACCUGGAGAAAAAGGAUCAACGGGUCACCAAGGAAUGCCAGGUGAGACUGGACCUCCUGGACCACUAGGAAGACCAGGCCCCCCUGGCGCUACUGGGCCAGCCGGUACCAGAGGACCUAAAGGCUUGCGGGGAGCAAGAGGGCCUGAUGGUCCAACAGGAGAGUUGGGAUUAGAGGGCAUGAAGGGUCCCGAUGGUCCCCCAGGAAAAAUAGGUUUUCCUGGAUCACAGGGAAAGAUCGGAGAGCCAGGAGAAACUGGGCCUAAAGGUUUUCCUGGUAUUCAAGGGCCUUCUGGACCUCCAGGGGACAAAGGAAUAGCGGGCGAGCCGGGACCACCUGGACCACCUGGGACUGUGGGGCUGUUAGGAGAAAUUGGUCAAAAGGGUCCUCCAGGCAAAGAGGGUGAACCAGGGCUGCCAGGCGAGCUAGGGGAAAAGGGGUCAAUUGGACCUGCUGGAAACAUCGGAGAGCAAGGUCUAAUAGGACAGAGGGGAGAGCCAGGCCUAGAGGGAGAAGCUGGUCCAGCUGGUCCUGAUGGAACCAAGGGUGAAAAAGGCGACAUGGGUCAGGAAGGUGACAAAGGUGAAAAAGGUGAAACUGGGUUAAAGGGAAAGGAAGGUCCACCUGGUAAUCCUGGACUUACUGGAGUCAGGGGUCCAGAAGGUAAGCCAGGCAAAAUUGGGGAACGAGGCAAACCAGGAUUAAAGGGUGCCAAAGGUCAUCUGGGUCAUCUGGGAGAGACUGGGUCGGUGGGAAAGACUGGACCACCAGGUUUUGUUGGGCCAAAGGGGUCCAGAGGAACUAUUGGACACACGGGAGCUCCUGGUCGAAUGGGUCAACAGGGGGAAGUCGGUCUUUUAGGCUAUGAGGGUCAUCAAGGAUCACACGGUCCAAUGGGGUCUCCAGGACCAAAAGGUGAAAAGGGAGAGCAGGGGGAUGACGGGAAGAAAGAGGGUCCUCCUGGUCCUCCAGGUGACAUAGGACCUCCAGGUGAUAGAGGAGAAAGAGGUGAAUCAGGAGAUCCAGGGUAUAAAGGUCAAAUUGGCGUUGAUGGAGAACGAGGCAGACCUGGGGCUCCUGGGUCACCAGGGCAGCCUGGGCCUCGAGGGCAACAAGGACCCAAAGGUUCCAAAGGCGAUCAAGGUCAGAAAGGCAAAAAGGGUCAGUUGGGACAAAAAGGAACGAGAGGACCUGAGGGUGGGGGUGGUCCUCCUGGUCCUAGAGGUGUGGUUGGCCCUGAGGGGCAGGAGGGUGUGCCCGGGGUAGAUGGAGUUGCUGGAAAAGAUGGCAGUAAAGGCAUGCCGGGAGAGCAUGGUAAAGAUGGAGAGGUGGGUCUUUCUGGUAAAGCUGGCUCUCGUGGUAAAACUGGUGUUCCAGGACUCCCUGGAGAUCAAGGGUCCAUCGGACCAAAGGGUGAGCAGGGCCUUCGAGGCCAGAGUGGACCUUCAGGGAAAAGAGGCUUCAGAGGUGGAAUGGGACUACCAGGGCAACAGGGAGACCGAGGAACUAAAGGACAACCCGGCGAUACAGGGGAACCAGGAUUUCCAGGAAUUCUGGGAGUUUUUGGGCCAAGGGGGCCUCCAGGAGACUUUGGGCCAAAGGGCAUACAGGGACCAAAGGGGCCACAAGGAGCAAUGGGUAGAGGAGGAGUCGUUGGUCCUGUGGGAAUUAUAGGUCCUAGUGGAAGUGCAGGUCCUCGGGGAGAGAAGGGCAAUCGUGGGGAGACUGGAUUCCAAGGUCCAACGGGAUCCCCUGGACCUCGUGGACCCCCUGGACCUCCAGGUCCUCCAGGUGUCCCUUUGUCAUUUAAAGAAGAUGGUCGUUUGUUUCUUGAUUCACCCACCCCCUUCAGGACUGAGAAUAAACCAGUGAUGGACCUGCCGAUGCUGGACCAGGGUGCAGAGAUCUUUAAGACCCUCCACUACCUCAGUAACCUGAUCCAGAGCCUGAAGAACCCACUGGGAACUCGGGACAACCCUGCCCGCAUCUGCAGGGACCUACACAGCUGUGAACAGAAGUUAAAUGAUGGCACUUAUUGGAUUGAUCCCAACUUGGGUUGUUCAUCAGAUACUAUAGAAGUUUCUUGCAACUUUACUGGAGGUGGACAGACUUGCCUUAAGCCGAUAACAAUAUCCAAGCCAACUGUCAGUGUUGGUCGUGUCCAGAUGAACUUCCUGCACCUGCUGAGUUCAGAGGCUGUUCAGCACAUCAUCAUCCACUGCCUGAACAUCUCUGUUUGGAAGUCAGCUCAGGAUCAGCCAGUUGCAGAGUUGUCUGUAAAAUUUAAGGCCUGGACAGGGGAAGUGUUUGAGCUGGGAGGAGAGCUCGAGCCAGAGGUUUUGGAAGAUUCCUGCUGGAUAAAAGAUGGGCGCUGGCAUCAGACUCAUUUUGUGUUCCACUCUCUGGACCCCACCUUACUCCCUGUGGUUGACAUCCACAACCUCCCAAAAACCAGUUUUGGUUCCCAUUACCACCUGGAAGUAGGUCCUGUUUGCUUCCUGUGAGGGCCAAAGUCUUCUGAGCAUGGAGGAAUGGACAACUGCACAACACACUAAUGCAGGCAUGGAGAUCAGAGCAAUCUUGAAAUCAUGGCCAAACUCUUUCCAAGUGAGAAAAUGGCACCAGACCCCCAAAACAAACCCUGUCUCACUACCAAACUCCUGUUGGACUGCAGACAAAGAGGGAGGAAGCACAGGGAGUGAAGGGGGGGCAAACUGGAGCUAAAAGGAGCGGGGGAGUUCUCGCACUAUUGGCCUCUGAGAACAGAAAAAGCUUCUUCGGGCUCUUCAAGAAGGAUCUCCACAUGGGCACCUGCUUGGAGAAAGAAGGCCACAUAAUGUCUCCAGAACACUGAUAAGUGAAGGGAGAGCAAGGCCAAGUUCAGCAGCAGACAUUCAUAACUUAUUGUUUUUUAACUGUAUACCAGAAAUACAGUUAUAUCAGAGGAGAAUUUAAGUCAUUGAGAUAAUGUAAAUGUACAUAUAUAAUGUAUAUCUAUAUAUGUGCUUUAUUAUUAACUUCUAUACAUGUGUAUCUUAUGUAAAGAAAUAAUCUUUAAGUGCAAUAGAAAAUGAGAAGAUAAUUUGAUAUUUGGAACUUAUAUGGAAGGAUUUUUCAGGGGUGCCAUUUUAUUUGCCUUUGGUGCUCAUCUUAACGUGAUAUUGCAAAGGUGAAUUAAUCCAGAGGUAGACUCAUUUGCUUAAAUUGAGCAGAAGUCACUUUUUUUUAAACUAGUGCUCCAAAUGGGAGAUUUCAGUUUCCUUCUUGAUGUGGGAAAACCAGUGGCACCAAGUCAGCUCUCAGUAAGAACCACAAAACAAAGCACACAAGCCGUCCACAUAGAGAAAGUCUAUGUUUUAAAUGCUAAUUUAAAAGUUACUUUGAACCAGAUGCCACUCAUUAUUAGGAGAAUUAGAUUGAAAUUCAAUGUCAGAUUGGGGAAUAGGACUAGUAUGGAGCUCUAAUUCUCAAUAGUGUUUCACUAAACCCUCUGUAACUGUGGAGUUUGGCAUUCAUUUCUUGCUUUUCAUUUUUGACUAAAAAUAGAAGUAUUAUUGUUUAACCAGCAUCACCUACACUAUUUACAGCAGACAGACUACAGGUACAAGCAUUCCUUAGAGGAGAACUGAGCCAUGGGAGAGAGGAGAUUGGGUACAGGAAUCAUAAUAAAACCUCUGUCUUUUAUCCCGUCCCCCCUAAUGCAUGGUGCUAAGUAAAUUAUCUAAGGUGCUAGCCGUAGUGCUGUUAUUACACCACUUUGCUUAAAUAUUCUAAUGCUUAUAGUGCAUCUUUGCUUAGUCUAUGAAAACGUCCACAUAAAAUAAUGCUAUAGCUUCCUAAUGCACUAUAAUGGUGAUAUCCCAUUAAACAUGAUAGUUACCAAACCGUCACCCAUCUGUUUUUUUAUGCAAAAGUUUUUAAUUCUUUUAUUUUACCAAUGCUGCAGUUUAAACAGGUGCUUAUUCUGUGGGAAUUUUUCCCUUAGAAUAAGGCUAUUAUAAAGAUGUAAAACUAAUUUUUGCUUUUGUAUCCCAUACAAAUCACAGGGUUUUAAGUAUUUGUAUUUCUAAGAAUAAAAUUUCUCCUUUUUUCUGCACAAAGCACCCCCCUACCCAUACACACACACACACACACACACACACACACACACACACACACAUAGCUGUAUGUAAUAUUUUAAGACACUAGUGGAGAUAGUUUUAAUUAAAACAUUUCUAUGCUGUAGCUGGACACAAGUGUGUAUAAUUGUUUAAACCUUGCUGUAUACAGUGGAUCCCCUCUUGCUAAUUUAAUGUUAUUUAAUGUUGUUAAUGUGGUUGCCGACUGAACAAAUUUCUGUCAGCUAGUUAAAAUACUCUUUCUGACAAUUUUAUAUAUCAGUUAUCCCAACUGGUCUUGGAGUUUAUAGAGUUUUAUGUGUAAAUUUGGGGCUCCAGAGAACAAAUUUAUUGCAAUGUUAAUUCUUUUUUUUAUUAUUCUUUUUUUAUUAUUAUUAUGUUUUUAUUUUUUUUAUUUUUAAUUUUUAUUUUUUUUUAUUUCUUGUUUUUUUCCUCUAUGAUAAUCAACCAUGUACUGUACCAGGACUGUGCUAUAUGAUAACUUGUGUUUUGAGAAAUUAUUCUAGUAUGUGAAAAAUGUUUCUGCUUUUUGUAAAGCUGUUAUUAACAGAAAAACAAGCUAAGAAUACCUCACAAUUGUAAACAAGACUUGGAGCAAAGAUUUUCUAUUGCCUUUAUAAUUAAAACCUGUUUGGAGAUUCAACAAAAUGCAUAAAGUCAUCAAACUCUGAAUAAGACCAUUUCUGGAGCAUUCAUCUUUUAUCUGUCUACUCUUUAGUCAUUGUUCAGUGUAUAUUUGCUCAAUAAAUACUUUUAAAUUGUG